AUGAGCGUCAAGGAAAAGUUUCUAAUUUUGUCCGUUUUGAUAUUUUAUUCAGUCAUGGAAACCAAAUCUUUAUUUGAAUUUACGAACAUAAACUGUACUUCUUUUGAUAUGAAAAUGGGUGAAUAUGAGUACUGUUACUUAAAGUCCAUCAAUCGAAGCUACAAAUAUCUUUCCGGAAAAUAUAAGUUGCAUCAAAUUUCGUUAACGAGCAUUAAGGUUAAUUGUAUAUUGUGGAAACGACUCAAUGGAUACAAGCCUUUUCUCUACAACAUCACAGUAGAUGCAUGCAGAUUUCUUAAAAAUCAAAAAUCAAACCCGGUCCUAAAAUUUUUGUUUGACUCCUUUGCCAGUUAUUCUAAUGUAAACCACUCAUGUCCUUUUACGGGCGAGGUCUUUGUAGACAAGCUGCCAAUUGGUUUUUUGAAUUACCGAGUGACUGAACUUCUUCCCAUCCCCGAGGGCAAAUACCUGCUUGAGUUUCACUUUUUUAGCCUAAAUUCUAUUUUUGCCAGGGCACAAGUAUAUUUUAUUAUUUCAUAA